AAAAAUAUGAUUAUCUAAAAAUUGGGGAAAAGUUUGUAACUUUUGCAUUCUAUUCUUAACUUUCAACUUAAGAAAAACUACCCAACAAACCUAGAGUUGUGUUCAAAAUGCAAGUCACUGAGCCCAACAGAGAGUACAGGUAAAUGAUAAGGUUUUCAAGUGAGUUGUCAACUGGGAAAAGGAAAACUUACACACCGCUAUUUUACCCCAAAAAAUAGAAUCACUUGUUUGUGAAGCAAGAUCUCUCUACCUACCAAUGCAAGUUAAAGUGGUAAUUAGAGGAACCCAAGAAAUUUUGGAGCCUCUACCUUUCUGUUUUUUGGGAAAUGGGAGCUUGCUUUUGUGGGCCUUCUUUUUCCUCUCCCUUCUUAUACCCACCAACAACCAUGCAUGGUUUCCUACAGAUUUGAGUGAUAGUCUCUGUCUCUCUCUGUCACCAUCAUCAUUUGAGCUUCAAAGAAAUGAGAGGAAGAGUAAGAUUUUGUUGUUUUGUAGUAAUAGUUCUGCAAAUAGUGAGUUGGGCUGGUGUUACAAGUAGACCUUUUUCAGCUAAUGAUGGUCAUGGUGUUCCUCAACCAGACACAGACCAGAGAACCCAGAAUCAACAAGUCACCUCGAGCUCAAAACAGGGUUUUGAAAGCAUAGAAGAGAGCUAUGAAGGAGAGAAGAAAAUAGGGUCGAGGCCGCCGAGCUGCGAGAACAAGUGCUUGGGAUGUAAACCAUGCGAGGCCAUUCAAGUACCAACAAACACAGGGCGUGUAGGUGUAGAGUACGCGAAUUAUGAGCCAGAGGGUUGGAAAUGCAAGUGUGGACCUUCUUUCUAUACUCCAUGAAUGUGUGUUGUUAUCACCAUAAUUUGAGAGUUUUGCAAAUCAAACAAAGUUUCAAUCUUGAUGAUCAUAUUCAUCAUAUGUACUAUAUAUUAAUAGCUCUGAG